AUGUCGGUUCAACCAUCGUAUGUGCCCCAAAAAUUCAAAUCCUUCAUAUCAGGCAAGUAUUCUUUUUGUGCAAACUCACAAAAACCAUCUUUUCUUCAGAACCAGAAGGUUGCGCAAUCGUGACAGCUCUCGAAGACCAAAAUCAAUGCCGAAUCUGCAUUCUCAACGACAAUUUAUCGAUUGUUCCGCUUGGUACAAUGCCAGUCGAUGUGCAGAAAGUCGAGAUGAUUCUUCGAGAAAUGUGGCAAAAGCGAGAAGUUCAAAUGUAAUCUAGAAAAGAAUGUUCACCUGAAAAGCAACCUUUUUUUGUUUACAGGAUGAUACGCCAGGCUGCUCUCAAUGCCUCUUGCUCGCAUAUUUGCCAAACAAUUCUUCCACGAGCCUACACAUCUGUUGUCAUGUUGUUUUCGGCUGAUAUACGGCGGCGUUCGAGAUGUUCGGAUAUUCUUGCGAAUCAUAGCGAUGGCAAGGUAGAUAUUUUCGGAACCGAGAUGACUGUGGCGAUGGCGCGUGAUGUAAUGAUCGAAAUUUUGACGGAUCAUUUCGGACCUCUCGAACUCGAAAUACCGUUUCCCCGGAGGACUCAACGAUCGAAUUAUGGUGAAUUCUCAUAGAUAUAAGAUGAUCUCUUUGUAAAAAUUUAACAGAUCAAAACUUCUAAACUUUUUUCAAAUAAGAUACAUUUUCAUCUUAUUUUAAAAUGUCUCUUCACUUCACAAAUAUUCACGGUCCCAAAUUUGAUUAUAUUUUUUAAAGUCAAAAAAUGGGCGUUUUAAAAAUCAAGAGAAAGUCUAAUUUUUCUCGGUUGUUUGAUAUAUUCUUAUUCGAUGCUUUAAAAUUUGAUUUUUCUCCGAAAUAGCCAAAACACUCGAUAGCGAAAAUCCUCCAUUUUCAAUUUUCCAAUUACAGGAAUUGGCAAUAAUUCAUACAACGCAUUAGAAGUUUUGACACCGCAAGAUUCAUACGACAAUAUGUUCCAGGUAUUUUCCCUAACACAUUUUCUUUUCACCUUCCCUUUUUGUAAUCCGAUACUUUUCCAGCCUGAACCAAACGCCAUACUGUCACCGACACCUCCAUCUGUCGCACAAUUCGAUGACUUGGACAAUCAGGUCAUGUUUCUGUCUGAAAAUCCGUAUUCGGGGAUUUUUCGCUCAAAUUCUAAUCUGACGGCUAACUCAGUUGCAACUCCGCCGCCAGAAAUCAAUAACAAUUCAAUUUCUCCUUCUGCAACAAGUCUCGAGAAACUUUUGGUCUGGAUUUCCAACGAAGAUGUUGGCAGAAUUCUCGGAAAUCGUGCAAUCGUUAAAAAGCAGAUUGAAAUUCUGCACAAUGUUUUGAUCACUGUUCGAACCGAUUGUUUGCCACAUUUUGGAAUGAUUGCUGUUGAAGUUGUUGGGCAAAACGCGGAUACUUGUAAACAGGCGAGAGACGCCAUUUUCGCGAGUAUCAAUUCGCCGCCGACUUCUGCAUCGCCUAUUGUUUCGACACCUGAGAAUCCAUUGAAAUCCACUGAUUCGGGAUUCAGUUCUCCGGUUUCACAAAACGAUUUGACAAGUUCUAGCUCGAGUGUUAGUCCGGAUAAGCGCUUUUCGAGAGUGAGUUGUUUUCUUCUGGCUUGUUUCAAAGAAUGAUUUCCGAAUUUUCCUGGUUAGGAAUAGAUUUUUAUCGAAAAUUCGCUAAUUUCGGGUCCAAGGUCGUGAAAAUUCGUCAUUUCGUUUAAAAAAUCAUGGAAUUUGUACAAAAUCAACUUUUGUAAAAAAAACAUUUUAAAACUAUUCAAAAAGUUAGAGAAAUUUUCCAAUUUUCCAAAUGAUUAUUAUAUUCCCUCAUUUUUUCAGCGCAGCAGUUUCCGUGAUCAACCAAAAGUCGUUCUCGCAUUGACACCGCGUAAAUCGCCACCAACAGACUAA